UGAACAGGCGUCCGCACACCUCCAACCGUGUCCACCCCGUCGCCAUCGUCCUCAGCGACACGCUACUAACAAAUCUGCAAAUGGACCGUCCAACUGGGCCACGACACCCGCCAGACAAAAGACACGAAGCAUACGAGUCCAUCUUCGGGAGACCAUCCACCUCGCACCAUCUGCUUCCCCAGCAGGGCCAGUACUACCACCCACCGCACCCGUCUGUCUAUCAUCAGCCAGGGUAUCAGCCAGCAGACAAGCGCACGUCCCAUGCAGCCUCGAUUCGCUCGCAGCAGAGCUACUACAGCCAGCCAAGACAGUCUCAACAAUACCAACACCCCUCAUAUCACCAUCAUCACCCGCAGUACCCUCCUCAACACCCCGGCCACGCCCUCGUUCCGCCUUCAACCCACGGCCGGGACCCAUCCGUCCUCAGUUCUCCCCACAAUGCGGCUGGCAUCAUUGCUCCAAGACCAGACGACCCACCCGACCCCGGCCUCGACGUACUCACGAGAGCAGGACUCACUCCUGCGCAGGCUUAUCGGGCCCAGGUCAAUCUAACCAGCAGUUCUACCCUUCCUCUCACCAUGGCCCCUCGCAAUGGUGCGCCUCAUGGCGUCUCGGCAAAUGACAUACCUCGCAUAGGCGUGCACCUCGAAGAGGAGAUCGGUCGCAUAAGCCUCGAUUUUGGCUCUCAGGACCCUCACGACAGGUCGUCUAACGAGGCUUACAGCGAACUGCCAUGGGCACAACUGACCCCAGAACACUCACCAAUGACGUCUUUACCUCAAACCACCGUGGCCGCCCAGCAGCAUCGCCAACCCAGCCCUCUCUCCCUCGCAUCUGGCCAUCACUCGCCACCUACAACCCAUUCUCCUCCUUACCACCUCCAACUGGAUACAACCGCGACCGCAGUAAAAGCGGCCACCCGCUCUUCUUCGCUUAGCAUCUCCCCGGUAUCCAGCACCCUUGUCGACCACUCAACAGCAGCUAAUUCACUUCUCAACACCUCCACCCGGCGAUCUUCCGAGUCUGCCCGCACCAUGCCUGGCCCUCCUUCCCGCCGCGAUCGUACUGGUCAGGACAGAACCCUGUCCAUGUCUGCUGCCUCAGCCUCAUUACGUACUGUUGUCGACCCUCGCUCACGCGCUCCUAUUCCCCAUGGGUUCCAGGCUGCUGGCAGAAGCUCACCUACCCGUCUACCCCCAAACAGGAUCCGUGGUCUCUCAGUGUACCCAGCCCUCCUCUCACGCGUCGCAGAAGCAUUCAAGGCCCGCAUCACGCUCGCAGAUAGGGUCAAAGAUGGCUUGACGUACAAGGACGCCUUCGAUGGACGCGAAGCAGUAGAUAAGAUCGGUGCUAUCAUCAAGACAACAGAUAGGAACUUGGCACUCCUCCUUGGACGUGCCCUCGAUGCCCAGAAGUUCUUCCACGAUGUCACGUACGACCACCGACUACGCGAUAGUGCUGCGGAACUGUAUCAAUUCCGCACGACACUGAGCCCAUUCGUCAGCGGAGAGCUGGCCGCAGCGAACAAUAACAACGAUCACAACGGAGAUGGAGACGAUGAGGUGAAGAGUCCCGAGCAGGAGUAUAAAACAGAGAUUACGCGUGGUGUGUCUCUCGGUCACGGAUCGUCUGAUUCCCAUGAGAAAGAUGUGUCACCUGCUACUGGGACUGCCGAGCCCAUAGGACGGCAAGGUUCCGAAUCAAUGGACGAAGUUCCUCUCCCGACCGGGGUAUUCACGCUUCUAACGGAUUGUUAUUCGCCAACGUGUUCGAGGGAUCAGCUUUGUUAUAGUAUUGCAUGUCCCCGAAGGUUGGAACAACAAGCGAGGUUGAACUAUGAAAGCCUCAGCCUGGUCUCAAGAAGCAGAUUUCGAAGGAGUCCUUGGGCGACCUCGUGGUGCGUGUUGUUAUCUUGCUGGGCGGGUUGUUAUUUAUUCCCCGUACUCGCUCAGGAACCCGGGACACUUUGGAUACAUUCCGUGCCGCAGGAAGUUGUAAGUAGCGUAUCAGAUACCGAGAAGAAGCGGCAAGAAGCUAUCAACGAAGUGAUCUACACGGAGCGGGACUUCGUGCGGGAUAUGGAGUACCUUCGAGAUGUAUGGAUCGGAAACCUCAAAGACAACGAUAUCAUCUCUGCCGAUCGCCGUACCGACUUCAUCCAACAAGUCUUUUGGAACAUACACGACAUCAUCGCGGUAAAUACACGCCUCCGCGAUGCACUGAACAAACGCCAAAAGGCAUACGCCGUCGUCGAGCGUAUUGGGGACAUCUUUAUUGACAUUGUUCCCCAUUUUGGACCCUUCGUGUCGUACGGGGCGCAUCAGCUUUAUGGGAAAUAUGAGUUUGAGAAAGAAAAAAGUUCCAAUCCGGCGUUUGCGGCAUUUGUGGAGACCACGGAACGGCUUCCCGAAUCCCGCAAGCUGGAGCUGAACGGGUAUCUCACGAAACCGACGACUCGUCUAGCACGGUACCCGCUCCUACUAGAAGCCGUGAUCAAACAUACAUCCGAGGACAAUGCCGAUAAGCAAACGCUCACACAGGUGGUAUCGAUGGUCCGCGAGUUUCUCCGCAAAGUCAAUGUGGAGACAGGAAAGACGGAGAAUAGGUUUAAUUUGAUGCAGUUGGAUCAGCAGUUGGUGUUUAGACCUGGAGAGCACGUGGACCUUCGCUUGCAAGAUCCUCAGAGGGAGCUGGUCUACAAAGGUUCGCUGAAUAAGAGGGGGGGUCAAGGCGACAACGGUGAUCUGCUGGUUUACCUCUUCGAUCACGCACUCUUGAUGGUCAAGCAGAAAAGCAAGCACGAGCAGUACAAGGUUCACCGACGCCCGAUUCCGCUGGAUCUUCUUUUUAUCUCCGUACCUGAGGAAAAUGCACAAGGGAACAACCGUCCUGCUAACCGACAGCCGCGCACGUUGACGAAGCGAAAUUCCUUCAAUCGUGGUGCCCCCUACGCACCUGCGAUCCCGGUCCGCGUAGAUGGCAAAGGCGGGCUUGCGAUCACGUUCAUCCAUCUUGGCCGCAAAUAUUACCAACUGACGCUAUGGGCGAGUACGAUCGUGAGUCACCGGAAAUGGGUCGAGAAUAUUACGAAGCAGCAGGAGCUGUUGAAGGAGAGGAGUACGGUAUUUGAGACGGUGACGGUUUCGGAGGGUUUCUUUACGGGUGUGAAUAAGGUGACGUGUGCGGCUCCAUUUGGAGGCGGCAGACAUAUCGUGUAUGGGACGGACGAUGGCGUUUACCUAACCGACUUGCGGGAACCAAAUAGGGAUCCCGUCAAAGUACUGGCAUUACUGGACGUCUCGCAAGUCGAUGUCCUUGAAGACUAUCAGCUUCUCAUCGUGCUCUCGGAGCGGCAAGUGGUCACCUUCCCGUUGGACGCCUUGGAUCCAAAGGACCCUACGGCUGGCCUGAGACGCGCGAAACGAAUAUCUUCACACACGUCGUUUUUCAAAGCUGGUAUUUGUCUCGGCAAGGUGUUGGUAUGCGUCGUCAAGUCUAGUCCACUCUCGAGUACGAUCAAGACACUCGAACCGAUCGACCAAAAUGUCCGCGGACGGAGUAAACCGACGUUCCGGAAACUCCUACAAGGCGGGAAUGAUACCUUAAAACUGUUCAGGGAAUUUUAUAUCCCUGUGGAAUCGAGUUCAAUACAUUUCCUCAAGACGAAGCUAUGUGUCGGGUGCUCGAAAGGCUUCGAGAUCGUAGAUCUUGAGAGCUUGGAUACACAAGGCCUUCUUGACCCUGCCGAUGCCUCGCUCGAGUUCGUGAGGAAGAAAGAAAAUUUGCGACCCAUGGCCAUCUAUCGCAUCGACAAUGAGUUUCUGUUGUGUUAUGAUGAUUUUGCGUUUUAUGUCAACAAAAAUGGGUGGCGGUCAAGGCAAGAAUUUAUGGUCCAUUGGGAAGGGUCGCCAACCGGUUUCGCGCUACAUUAUCCUUAUGUCCUUGCCUUUGAGCCGAUGUUCGUCGAGGUCCGGCAUGUGGAAACUGGAGUUAUGUCGCAAGUCAUCCAGGGGAACAACCUUCGUCUUUUGUUCGCAGAAACACCACCAUCAACGUCACACACUGCCAACCUACACCAAAAUACUUUCUACCCUACACAACAACAAGGAUAUAAUCCAUAUCAAUCGCCGCCAGCGUCCAUGUACGGUCGAUCUCCGUCUAUGUCAGGAUAUGGACCUCCUGCUGUCCCGCCACAGCCACCCACGAUGUACCCCGCACCUCAGUACCCCAUGAGGACGAUGAUGCCAAGUUGCCGGGAUGAGAUUCUGAUGGUGUCUGAUGAUCGUGUGCUGACGUUGCGAUUAGCGAAUGGUCAAGAAUCCCGUGUCACCUCGGACGCUGCAUCUACGGCAUCGAGAUGAAAUGGGAUGAGAUGGCAGAGAGAAAUUUCGCUUGUUUUUCUGUGUGUAUAUAACGGCGAUGGAGUGUUGUUGUCUCUGCUGCUGACGGGGAUGUUUGUUUACGUAAUUGUUCUUUUGUUCUUUCUUUUUCUCUUUUACUCGCAACGCGUGCGGGCCUGUCUGACCUGCGGAUGGUGUAGUUAUAAUAUGAAGGUGUUGAGUAUCUCCCAUAAUCCAAUACUAUCGAGCGUUAACAGCCUGGGGCGGACUUACUGGUCCUUCGCAUCGAGAAUAAGUCUUAGGAGCCAG